AUGGCUGAGGAGGUUUUAAUUCCAUCGUCGGGGAAAAUCACAUCGCAACUGACCGGCUCUUUGUUAGCGGUGGCAUUCCUUACCUCCUUUGGGAGCUCCAUGCUUUAUGGCUACAAUCUGGCUGUGGUCAACUCCCCUGCAGUGAUAUGGUUCUACACCAAUGACAUUUUUGAGAAUGCAGGCAUCCCAGCACCAGAGAUCCAGUAUACCACAGCAGGAACAGGGAUUAUAGAGAUCAUCGCUGGACUCAUUGGGUGUUUCACCAUAGAGAAGCUGGGCAGGAGGCCUCUCAUGAUUGGAGGUUUUGCCAUGAUGGGCAUCUGCAGUGCUGGAAUCACAUGUGCCCUAAUUUUACAGGCUCACUUAUUGUUCAUGCGCUACCUCAGUGUCUGCUGCGUGGUCGGCAUCAUCGCUGGCUUCUGUAUUGGUCCAGCGGGGGUACCCUUCCUGAUCACAGCAGAGCUGUUUAAACAGUCCCACCGCCCAGCAGCCUACAUCGUAGGAGGAUCACUCAACUGGCUGUCCAACUUCACUGUGGGCUUCGUCUUCCCCUUCUUACAGAUGUCAGCGGGCUCUUACUGCUACUUGGUGUUUGCCGCCAUUUGUCUUUCCGUGGCCGUCUAUGUCUACAUUGUGAUCCCAGAGACCAAAAACAAGACAUUCAUGGAGAUAAGCCGGAUGUUCUCUAAGAAGGAGGCAGUCCUAGAAACCCAGGGCCUGAUCCACGUGGACCAGCUGAAGCUGAAGAAGAUGAACGGCUAUGGUGGUGUCGAACAUACUUCGCUGGAGUUCGACAGCUCUUCUUCUGUACCUUAACUGAGCUUCAGGUUCUCACUGGGACUUCCUCUUCCGUUCAACUGUUUGUACACAUUAACCAAACACCA